AUGUCUGUUCUACAGAGACGCAAGGUAUACGCUCUUGGUGUGUAUAUACAACAUAUCCUCCAAAAUCUUGGUACACCUGAGCUCCGUAACCAGUGGGCUAUUGCUAUCUUUGGUGAUAAAGUUCAAAACUACCAGCUGUCUCCUCAAGAGCAAGCUCUUUGGGCUGCAGACCAAUAUUGGGCCAAGUUGGGCUUGGCAGAUGUUCGUGGUCCUCAAGGCCACACCUGGAAAGGUUAUUGGAUUCCAUUCCAGGAUCAAGUCCAUCAUGUAAAAGACAGUCAGGGACAAGAUCAAGCCCAGAAAGUUGACAUCUCAAAAAUCAAGGUCGGUCAAGGUUGUGACUUGGUUGUAGUUUGCGCCCAUGGUGGUUUGUUUUGCGAUGGCUGGCCUCUACAGUGCUUGGACUUUAUGAAGCAGGUCAUGAAACAGGCUCAAGAGAAGCAUAAUCUCCGAAUCGGCUUCCUUUCACUCGAUUACAGCCUGUCACCCGAGAAACCUUACCCACAUGCAUUAGAGGAGUCUCUCGCUGCUUAUCGCUCUUUGAUCAAAGAAUACGGUGUGGAUCCCAAACGCGUCGUCUUUGCUGGAGAAUCCGCUGGUGGUAAUAUCACGCUCGCACUUGCUCUCAAAGUACGGGAUGAAUUUAAAGGAGAGCUUGAUUUACCUCUGGGUAUCUACACUAUUUGUCCAUACCUUUUCAUUUCAGAGCCUUAUAUUCCUACUCUCUUUGACGUCCUUACACUCGAACUCGCGGAGGCCUGCAUUGACAGCUAUUCUCAGAGCAGACUUGAAGUUAUAGAAAGCCCUUAUUUUUCUCCUUUAAAUACACAGACAUUUGCGGGUUUACCACCAAUGUUGCUCUUUUAUGGAGGGAUCGAAAUCCUCCGCCCAUCGAUGGAACAGUUCGUGGAGCGUUUGAAGGAAGAUGGCGUUGCCCAUCAGGUGAUGAUGAAGGAAGGUCGAGGCCACGCUUGGUUUUUGAUUGAUCCCAUAUCGACUCCAGAGGAUCGCAAAGAAGGCAUUGAAUGGACAAGCCGGUUCUUGGCUGAGAUUUAUGUAAACCAUCAUGGAAGGACAUAA